AAAAAUCAAGGUUCAUUAUUCUAACAUUCAUCCUGUUCAUAAAUCACCAAAAGAUCCUUAUUUUUUUUAAGUUUGGUAUUGAUGGCAGAGGAAAAACAAGGACAUGGAACUAAUCCUCCUAAGGAGCAUCCAAAUGAACCCUUGCCAAGGACUUAUAAUCAACUUCUAGGGACAAACAACCCUACAAAAACAAGUUGGCCUGAACUAGUUGGUGUCACUGCAGAAGAAGCUGAGAGGAAAAUAAAGGAAGAGAAGCCAGAGGCUGAAAUUCAAGUGGUGCCACAUGAUUCAUUUGUUACAGCUGAUUAUAAAAUUCAGAGAGUUAGAUUGUAUGUUGAUGAAUCUAACAAGGUUGUUAGAGCUCCAGGAAUUGGCUAAUCUGUAAACUAAAUGUGGAUUAUAAGGGAAUUUGGAUAUAAAGCUAGUGGUGUAAUUUGAGAAUAAAUUGUAUAAACUUCUAUCUCUUAUGAAAUAAAGAGGUGAAAGAAGAUACUCGUUAAAUCGAGUAGAAUUGUCCUUUGUGUUAUUUCAUUUGUAUUAUUGUAUACAAUAAGAUUGGACCCUAGGGUUGCUUUGAUCUAUAA